AUGAUAGAUGCAAGAUUGAUUUCCUUGAGUGAAUACAAGCGUGGCGAUCCUGACGGCAGCCGUGCCUCGGUGUUUGUGUGCGCAAAUUCGCAUGAUAUUCUCGUUACUCGCUCCUCCUCGGGGUUCAGUGUUGCGGUUGCAGCUCGGCGGCCGCUGUUGACCGUCUCGGUGCGCACCGUGUCCGCAUAUGAGGAACUGCAUGUGUCUGCGUCUUCGCCGUCAGGUGGAGCUGUGUCUGUGGAUUUUUCUCGCGGGCUGAAGCUCAUCCAGAGCUCCCGCCCUGCCACAAUGUCGUCAACCCCGGAGGCGCAGGCAGCGACAGUGGAGCGGAGCCAGCCAGAUUCAUCAAAUGCCGGAGAUGCUUCUUCAACUGGGGCUGGUGGGGUGCUUUUUCCUCAAAGCCUUGAACAGAAGCUCAGCCAAUGCGUAGAUGCGGCGUGCCGCGACCGCGUUCACAAGGAAGCUGACUUCAACAAGGACGACGAGGAGGAACCUCCGGAUCGCAUGUCGAUUGGGCGUGCUGCGUGGAGUCUUCUUCAUUCCUCUGCAGCCACCUGGGAAGCCGAUCCGUCCAUACAAGCACAGCAACGGAGAAAAGAGUGGAUGGGGGCCUUCUUUGCCCUUUUUCCAUGUAGCCAGUGCCGCUCCCAUUUUCUGCCGUACUUCCAAACGCAUCCGCCCGCAGUCUCUGGCGGACGAACCUCGCUCUCAUUGUGGACAUGCGAGGCUCAUAAUUACGUUAAUGAAGCCUUACAGAGACCGACGUUUCGCUGCGAUGCCACCCAGCUCAUCCGCCAGUGGAGCGCGACUCGGUGGAAAGACGAUGAGGACGACGCGGAAUAG